AUGAAUACACUAGAUGGGUCAGGCUAUGCUCUCGAUUCAGAUACAGCCGGAGAAUGGGAUGACUCGUGGGAUGCCCUUCUCAAUCAGGAUUUUGAUACUCUAUUCCCCGCGCAAAUCAAUGAGGAAGACGUAUCAAAUGCGCAGAACAGAUGGGGAGGGAGUGGACCAGAUUGUUAUCUCACGCCGGCUUCUACCUUAACAACGCAUACGGAGCAGCAACCACGGGUACUUGCAAGCGCCGAAGGCGGCUAUCAAGCGAAGCCGAUCAACAUAAGGACCCAGUCUAUCAACGGCGAAGGUGGCCGCCCAGCCAAUAUUAUCAAUCCGCAACACUCCGACAACAGUCCAGCGGUGCCGCUAACGCCGCCGCCGAAGAAAACUGGGAAAUUCGCACCACGGCAAAUAAGAAUCUUGAAAGAAUGGCUGUCAAAAAACAUUCGCUACCCGUACGCUAACCAGCAGGCGAUGGCUGAAUUGGCAGCAACCACAGGACUCACGAGCCAUCAGGUCAAACGGUGGCUGAACAGAACCCGCCAGCGAAAGCUCGCUCCUGCGGAAAAGAAUGCGACCGAGGCUCGUGAUAGUGUUAUGGCUAACGAAGCUGAAGAGAAGCCGGUCCUGGACGAGAACGUCUUCGCUACCGAUAAAUGCCUAGCGGAGCAAAUCCAGUCAUCACGGAACUCUGACUCUCAGCCAGAGGCUCAGUUAUCUCUCGAGGUAGUCCCCCCGUCUCCGACGGGCUUCGAUCCUGAGCAGGACAUGCUCGACCCAGAGAACAUGUCUGUCGAUUCUGGUUAUGCUGUCCAAACCACGAGCAGCAUGGCUGAACAUGCCGGAUCAAUGUUGGAAUGGUGGUUCGACCAAUUGCCGUCCGCCAACGGAGCGUCCGAUACUCAUCACAUGCCCUCAGACGAUUGCCAAAUGCCUAGAUUCUGGCAGAAACAGCUGGAGAAAUGUGCCGAGCAGCUCAAUUGUAUCGGUCACGAGAUGAAUCGACGCUGGGAGGAGAAAGACAGGAGAGCUUUCCUACGGUUGAUUCUCCUGUUGGAUCUGGACUUGUCAGAGUUAGUGGUAUGCGUAUGGACAUUGCAAAAAGCAUGUGUAAUCCUCCCAUAUACCUCCUGGUCGCUGCUGAGGGACACCUUGAACAACCUGGACACAUCAGCUGUGCCACCCCCAGGCUUGGACGUACUCAAGCCGACGUUGUUGCAGGCCUUGCGACCAAUACUUGAGCGGACGGCAUCGCGCGGCUCAACCUAUGGUUUCAAGGAUUUCAUCAGUGGUAGAAUGAUUGGGGCAGUUCAAGCAGAACUGGCCAGUUGGACCAACGGCUUAGCAGACUGGCUCGAUGUCGUGGAGGGUUGGAAAUUCAUAGCGCAACUCCCACAAGAUCGAGUUUUAUUCUCGAAGUGUUCGGGAUCUCCUGCUGUCCUACCUGGCCCUAUGGACGUUUCGAUGUCAAGGCUCGAUCUCCAAUAUAGAUCCACCGCGAUACCGACAUCGCAGUCUCAUGAGAACAGGUCUGUGGCAUCAGGAUCGACCGCAAGCUCGGCGCAAUCUAGUUCCAGCUAUGCAUCUCGUGGAAGCCGCCGGGGUCGGAGGCUGUGGGCUCCUUACGCUAAGGUCUCUAAUCCUCAGGUUGACAACUUUUCCCCAUGCCAGAGAAAGUACUGUUGUACGUUCUGCGGCCGCGCAUUCAGACAGAAGUUCACUUGGAAGCGCCAUGAGCGAUCCAUCCACAUACAUACUGAAGCCUGGGUAUGCACCUGGUUGCCAGGGCCUGAAUGGAACCGCUCUCGCUGUGUAUUCUGCGAUAUUGCCAGCUCAUGUGCAUGUGCGCACCUGCAGUCGUCACGUCUUUGCUGGACAAGGCCACAGCCCGAGCGCACUUUUUUCCGAAAGGACGAGUUCGUGCAGCAUCUUCGAGGCAUGCACAGCGCAAGUGUUGUUUCCUGGGCGGUGCAGAACACCAGCGACUACUUCCGCAUAGAGAACCUCGGCCCCGAAAAACUCAGAUGUGGUUUCUGCCAGGAGGUAAGUGGCUCCUGGGAAGAGCGCGCAGAUCACGUCGCGAACCACUUCGAGGAGGGGAUGGAUUUGUCGUUAUGGAACUCCCCCUUGCUGGAGCUCCCAAUUGCCAGGGAAUCGACCGAAGAACAAAUGGCCAUAGACUAG